UGUUGAAGCGAGCUCCACAGACGUUUAUUUGUUUGUGUCAUACAUACUCAAGCAGCCGUUAACUUUUAAUAUUUGUUCGAUUCACUAUGCCUAGUAUUGCUACCUGGGCCCUCGCGGCCUUGGCUGCUGUCCAAGUAGCACAUGCUGCACCUCAAAGAAGUGUCAGCCAUACUGCCCGUUGUGGUGCUAACUUUGGCCUCACCUGUAAGGGCAGCUCAUUCGGCAACUGUUGCUCAAAAGCUGGUUGGUGUGGGUCCAGCAAAGACUACUGCGGUGAUGGCUGCCAGUCUGGCUGGGGAACGUGCAAUUCUUCUGGCGGCAACAAGCCUGUAGGCCCCAAGGUCUCCAAGAACGGCUCGUGUGGUCAGAAUGGCGGCACUACCUGCCUUGGAUCUUCUUUCGGUAACUGCUGCAGUCAACAUGGUUACUGUGGUUCUAGCAAAAAUUACUGCGGCAAAGGAUGCAACCCAUUAUUUGGAAAAUGCGAUGGAUAUCAACCCGCUCAAUCCUCUACACCAGUCGUCGUCUCGUCAGCCCCCGUGGCCUCCCCAUCUUCAGCCAUACCUGUCUCCCACAACGCUCGAUGUGGCACUAAGAACAACGCUUCGCCUAAGGGUCAGACUUGCCGCGGUUCAUCGUUUGGAAACUGCUGCAGUCAAUACGGAUAUUGCGGUUCCUCCAAAGAUUACUGCAGAACCGGAUGCCAGUCCCAGUUUGGUCACUGUGAUGGUCAACCAGUAUCUUCUCCCAUCAGGUCCUCGGUUGUUUCGACUCCAGCUGCCUCUUCGCCUGCCAGCUCAUCUGCUAUUGUCUCAACUCCAGCUGCCUCGUCGUCUAUCAUUUCGUCUGUGGUCGCCUCUUCCGAUUCUUCAAGCACCAGCGUAGUUUCGACACCCGCUGUAAGCUCUAGCAUCGUGGUCCCGUCACCUACACUAGUGUCAUCGGAUGUUGCAUCUUCCGCUGUGCCAUCUUCUUCUGUCGAUUCCAGCUCGACCCCUGUAGUGUCGUCGUCUGCUAGCUCGGACAUUCCGUCAGUUGUCUCCUCCACACCUGUGGCAUCCCCAACCUGCACUCCCGCUCCCGACUUUCAGCCUUCCGGCACAUGCAACUACCCAGGAUUCCCAAGAAAUGCAAACGCAGCUGCCACUUAUCUCAUGACUCAAGGCACAACUCUGGAUGGUUGCAAACAGCUCUGCUUCAACUCAGAACCAUGCCAAUAUUUCGUCAUGCAGGGUAGUAGUUGCUAUCUUUACAACAGGCCAGUUAGCGGGAAUGGUGAUCUUGUUCCAGACUCAAGUGUUCGGCUGUAUGAGAGAUCCUGCUUCCCACCCCCAGGGGCGUGCUUCAGCGAGGGUCCUGCUUCUUCCAGUUCAACAGAGUAGCGGUAGAGCAACAACACCCGGUAGACUUCUUCGAGCGUAGAAAAUCAGGGAAUACGAGGUCGCUGGUGCAGCAUACUGCAAUAUGGUCAUUCACUCGGGGUAUUUGGGUAGCAAGUGGC